CUGAAUUAAUGAAAGACAGCUUGACUGUCUGACACGUCGCAUUCUACAGAAUUCAGGCGUGAUUUCCUAGUGCCUUCAUUAUUCUCUGAACUGCCAACGGCGCAAGACGUGUAAAACGCCUGCUUUGACUACUAGAACCUUUCAAGUCUUCUAAGAUUAGUAUUGUGUGAACCAUGGCAAGAUUCUACGGGGCACUGGAUUCAAACUUAGAUCUGACAAUUUAUUUACGAGUAAUUCAAGAGAUAGAGGUCAGUGAUCUAAACAACUCUGAGAGAAGCCUGUUCAAGAAUUCUGUUGAGUCAACACUACAACGAUCAAACAAAUAACAGAAUGGCCAGUAAGCGGUUGCCCCGUCCCGAAAAUCGUGGAUCAGGAGACAAUUUAAAAUGUGGCAAUACAAUUCCGCCAGAGGACUACUCCUGACCUCGACUUCUCCUUCACGAUUAUGAAAAGUGAUUUAUUUGCAUAAAACCGAAUUGUUAUCGAUUACUUUUUGCCGAGACACUAAAAUACAGCCCGAAGUGCGCAUGCUCUUUCCAAUGAGCGAGUGUUUUGAUAAUACAACAUGUCCGACACCUUUCAAGUGGAUGCCGAGCUCGAGAAACGCACUAAGGCCGAAGCCACAAAGAUAAGAACAUAUCACACAAGCACACAAACCUCACUCGUGGAUACAUACUGGGAGAUGACUGCGAUACGCAAAAUGACUCUGGAAGAUUCCCAAAACAGAAGGUAUGCCUUGACUUUCUCCGACCGUAAGCUCACAUUCUACCUCCAAAAUGAUCUCCCAGGCCAUCCCUUAUAUACCCACUUGACAGCACUUGGAAAUACUGUAUCUGAGCACUCAUUCAUAUAUUUCCUGGAAGCACUGCAGUUGACUACCAGAUCACUUCGCGACACUCACUCAUAACUCAUUGCCUGGAGUUACUAGAUUGAGUGUGAAAUCAUUUCUGGUCAAUCACUCGUUUAACAAAGAUAUAAUGAUUCCACGCCGGUGAGACACUUUUCAAUCAUAUAAUGCUUAAAAUGAUUAAAGCCGAGUAACUUGAGACCCAAAUGCGAUACUCUCUCACCAAGGACUGUUUGGAAGUCGGUACUGAAGAUGAGAACAAGUGGACUACCUAUUCGUGCGACAUACUUAUCCAAUCAAACACUCGUCAGUAUGAGACCUGCUUAGGAGCUCCAAAUCACUUUGUAUCAUAAAUAUUUUAGUCAAUGCUUCCAUGGAGUUCACCCGUACCAGCCGACCACUUCGUCACACUAACGCAUCAGUUUGAAAAUGACUUCAGUUAAGUUACAGAUGAUUUUGUGACACACCCCCACGAAACAACACUUCGUCGCACAGCAACUGAGCACCAACAGACCAGUAACUCUCAUUAGCCCAAACUGGCAAGAGGUAACCCUCCAGUAACUGAAUUAAAUGUUUACAUCUAUCCUUUACGCAACAUCCACUGCUUUCGACAUCAACAGAACACAGGGCAAUGCCAUUAUCCUGAUUACAGAUCACUAUGACUCACCAUACGUAUAUUUUCCCUAGGUUGGAGAAGAGAAUGUUACAAGCUCUUAUGGUAGGUAUCUCGCAAUUCCACCGAGUUCUUAACUCGCGUGUAUUGUAAUCUUUGUCCAUUACACCUCUCAACUCCAUUCUUGAACUAAAUUCCUGUUUUCUCACAGAAAAAAUAUUACCAAAUAAUCAAAACUCACCAAAGCUGUUUAAUUUUUUUCGAUUAGGAUGAGCUGUUGGUCAUUCGUACCAGAGUCGAUAGGGCUUAGUGAUCUUUCAAAGUAAGUGCAUAGCAAUAGCUUUACUUUGGGAUCCCUUUUUCUGUGCACAUUUCCAUUUUUCAUUCAGUGAAGCAACAGAUACAUGAGAUUUGUUAAGGAAUGCUCCCAUAUCAUUUUCUUUUCGAUGUCCCCCAUCUAAAAGUCAGCGAGAUACAUCCUGCACGACUCUUUUAACAAUUUCAAUAGUAGAAUUUGCCAGCAUUUUUUAACAGCGUGGAUGUACAUCACAUUCUUCAAGUUGCUUUAGUUCUCCUUCCACUUAAUAAACAGGACGACCUAAUCCUCUUUUUUUCCUCUCACUCCAACUAACAUACUGUUGGUGACUGAGGACGUUUGAUGUGUGAAGCAUGACUGGAAAUAACGCACUUAUGAGAGUCUUCAAAAACAGUCUACCAGAGGAUCUAAGGAAAUUAAAGAAAUGCCAAUGUACGCGUGAAGCUAAAUUUAAAAAUCAAAUAGAAUAGCACCCAUCCGAGGCUAUACAUGAAAGACUGUGCAAAAUACUUAUAAAUUAUGUAUGUAGAGAUUGAAACCUGGUAAAGAUCUGCAUUUUGGAAUGUUACAGAUAAUUAUCUAAGAAGAACCAUAGAAACAACACAUGAAUAUACAGUAAAGAAAAUCUAUAAAACAACGAAAAGAUAAUUUUGAACUUCCCUUUAUUUUUUGCGUCUAUUUUUCAGGGCUGUCUAUCUAUUUUUCAUGCAAGUCAGUGUUGAAAAAAUUACAACAACAAAAUAAUAGAUUGUAUAAAAGAGUCACAAGAACAAGGCCCAAGUUGUUCUCCCUGCUGAUAGUUAUUUCCCUCCUCUCGUUGAAGAAUGUUUUCGUGAUUUUAAGUGAGGAGAAUAAAGAACUGAAAAUGUAACUUAUUUAAACAAUUGUAAAGGUUUGUUGUAAAUAACUACGAAAUAACCUCAUGUGUAGUUAGAUAAAAAAAAAAAUAAAAUCGUUGGAAAUCACAACUUA